CCUUUACUUGAUCAAAAGUGAUCUGCCCAGGUUUCUGAAGAACGGAAGUCUUGGUGCCUUUUCCUAAGAUUUAAAAGUGAGCAACAGAACUGAUUCCUGAAAGAAGAACACUGAUUCCUGGACAAAAUGUUCAGAAUGGAUACCAAUGUGGAAGAUCAAGAAAUGUGGGCCCAGCUGAUGGCCACUCCAGUAGCUAAGCUGACAGAAGCACAGAAAAGAGCAGAAAAGUUUACUGAAGAAAGAGAGGUACAUAAAGCCUGCAAGGAGCUGAUGCAAUGCACAGUCCUCACUAGAAUUAUCUAUGGAAACCAGCAUUGGAGGCUAGCAGAAGCUCUUGCCAAUCUCGCUCACAGUUACCUUAUCCUACAAGGUCUUCCGAGUCAAGCUAUACACCAUGCAAAUUCGGCAAAAUAUAUCCUCCUCUUCCUAAGGGGUGAUACUUCUCCAGCAUCCUCAGAGGAGAAAGGAACCAUUUUGAGCACCCUUGUGACAAUCUAUUACACGUUGGGCAUGGCAAAUCUGAUGCAGAAAGAUGCCAAAGAAUGCUAUUGCAACCUGCAGAAGGCUGAAAAAGGUCUGGGAGAACUACAGGGAUUAGAUUGGAAAAGAGCUGCUAAACUUAAAGUAUGUCACAAAGACAUUACGGUGGCACUUGGCAGGGCAAGUUUGCAGAAAAAUGAAUUAGAUUUGGCAUCCAAGUAUUUUGAGAAAGCCGUUGAUGAUCUCAUUUCAGCUGAAGGAGAUGUGGCUCCAGAACUGAUACCUCUUUAUCAGGAAAUUGCCAAAAUCAAACAAAUGAAAAAAAUAUAUGAAAAAAGCAUUUCAUAUGCAUUACAGGCUCAUUCUGUCUCAUUAGCUCUCUACCAGAAAUUCAGCCCUGAAGUUGGAUCUGCAGCAUUAUUCCUGGGAAAGGCAUAUGCUGCCACAGGAGAAGAGAAGCACACUGAGGCUGCUGAAAGGUAUUUCAACGAGAGCUUGGUAGCCUACAAGGAAGCAUUAGGAAUGGACCAUCCUCAGACAAUCAGUGCCCUUAAAGUCUUCAGCAAGUGGCUUGGGCAAAUAGGAAAAAGAAAGCAAGCCUAUGAAUUACUCAGAGAGUCCUUUAAAACUCAACAAAAUCCCUGCAGUGAUUUUAAUAAGCAGGCAGCUGAACGAUUAUAUAUUAUGGGCUGCAUUUGUCUAGCAGAGGAGAAAAUAAGGGAGGCCUAUCAGCUGCUCAGCAAGUGUGUGCAGAUUCAGAUUGCCAUUUAUGGGUCCCACCACAAGAAAACUAAAAAGAUACACGAGCUGCUAGUUGUGAUGAAUAUGCUUCCUGCUGAACAGAAAUUGACCAAAUGUUUAAAACAGAAUAAAAAAGCAGCACUAAUUUGCUCCAUACCAGAUCUUUAGGCACCAAAGGGCUAGGAGACUGGGAAAGACUUGCCUAAUAUAUGAGAUACUGGCAUCUAAAUUCUUGAUUAAAUUUCUGCAACAAUUUUAAUAUUAAUUUCCAUUCCUCCUUUUUAGAAAGAUACCCACAAAUUAGCAGCAAUUUUUGAUACUACAGCUACAAUAUGUGGUAACACUAAGUCCUGUCAACUAGGUUUGGGCUUUUAAUAAUGAUGCUGAUUUCCAGGGGUGGGUGGAAAGCAGACGAAAGGAUAACUUUUAAAAGUUGCUUAUUUUGUCCACAACCUUUAUUCUUGUAAUGACACUUACACCUAACUGAAUUUUAGAAUAAUCUCUUUAAAUUAGUUAAGAGGCUUCCGUGUUAUUUUUUUCUUCUGGGAAAAGUGUUUUCUCUUCCCAAUACCAUUUCUGGUCACCCGUACAUUCCAAUUAAGUCACUAUGAGAAAAGAUUGAAAUAGGGACAGAUCAUAUAAAUUGUGUUGCCCUCUUCAUUUUUCAUCCAACCCCAUCCCAGUCUCUCCACAGACACCCCACUGAGUCAUUUUUCCAAGCAUAUUGAUGACCUAUUUUUUAAUAAUCUGUUGAAAGUUUUCUCUGUCCUGGCCUCUAAAAUGGUGGUGCCGAUUCCUUUCUUCUAUUUGCUUGGGUAGAGAAGCAGCCUGAAAAAGGAGAAUCUCCCCCCCCCUUCAAAAUAGGAGAAAUGGAAAGAGGAUUACCUGUUACCUU